AUGUUUUGUGCAAUCAGUGGGAAACCAGCAAAAUUUCCUGUUCUAUCUCCCAAAUCGAAAUCUAUAUUUGAGAAAGCCUUAAUUGAACAGUAUGUUGAACAGAGUGGCAAAGAUCCAAUAACCAAUGAACCUUUGAAAUUAUCUGAAUUGGUUGAAAUAUCGCAAACUCCUCAACAGACUUCUUUGGUAAAUGCUGUCAAUGCUUCAACUUUAAAUACAAAUUAUAGUAUACCAAAUUUAUUAUCGACAUUACAGAAUGAAUGGGAUGCAAUAAUGUUGGAAAAUUUUCAACUAAGGAAACAAUUAGAUGCUUUCACCAAACAAUUAAGUAUAGCAUAUUAUGAAAGAGAUUCAGCUAAAUUGAUUGCAGCAAAAACUUUGAAGGAAAAAGAUGAAUUAGCAAAUGAAAUUAAUAAAUUAACGAAACUAAUGGGGACUAUUGAUGAAGAAAAGAUAAUAAUUCAAAUUAAUGAUGACUUUAAAGAAAAAUUGAAACAAGAAUCUAAAUCUUAUUUGGAAUUUACUCAAUUAAAUAAAAUUCAGGAUAAAUAUAAAUUACCAUCAUUAACCAAGACUGAAUUAUCCAAGACGUGGGAUAUUACUAUUAAUGAUAAAAUAUAUACAAAAAUUGAUACCAACUCUUCCAAACCUAUCGAAAAAACUUUGUUCCUUAACGAUGAUACUAAAACGUUGACUAUUGUAUCUGAUUCCCAAAUUGUAAAGACAAUUCAUGAUGUAAUAAUCGACUCAGAUUACCAGUUAUUAUCAACAAACUAUACAGAUGAUUGGUUAUUUUAUACAACUUCAAUAAAUGAAAUUGUAGCAUACAGUUUUAAUGAUAAAACAUCAAAAAAGAUUAAAACUGGUGGGAAUGAAGAAAUUAUUUUCAUCAAUAAUCAUAGUCAUGUUGCUAAUGAUUAUUUAUUAUGGGUAGACAAUCAAGGUAAAAUUGGAUUAAGUUCAAUUUCAGAAGAUAUUACCUAUAUCGUUCAAAAUAGUAGUCAAAAUUCUGAUAAAUGUAUCUCAGCAAGUUUACAAAAAGACGGUCUACUAUUAGCAAUUGCAUCAUUUGAUAUCAUUGAAAUAAUAAAUUUGAGUAAUCCAAUUGUAGAAGUAGAAUUUUUUAAAUUGGGUACACAUAUUCCUGGAACUUCACCAAUAACUUUUAUACAAAUGUGCACUAAUGGUUACAGUAUGGAGGUUCAAACAACCACAGAUUUAAUGGUAUUCGAUCUAAGGAAAGAAAUAGGUACUUUGUUAUCUGGACCUAUUGAUAUUGCCAGGUCUAAAUUUUCAAUUUUAGAUGUAUCUGGUAAGUAUUUGACAAUGAUCAAUGAUAAUAAAUUACAAAUAUUCACAUACAAAAAGGCAAAGAAGACAUGGAUCGCUGAUGACACCCAUGUAAUAGAAUUACCACAAUCACAAUUCGAUGACUUGAAAAUUCUAUUGAAUAAUUCAGAAUUAUCUUUCCUGAUAAAAUCAGGAACCCUUGUAUCAUUAUAUAGAGCUUUAUAA